AUGAGCAACCUUCCAGACGGACACGUCGUCCACCAUUUUACGGAUUUCAAGUUGCUAUGUGCCUGUGCCAAAACUCUCGUCGAGUCGCUUCAAUCAAAAUCAGAAAACCAGUGGCUUGUCGUUCUCGGCUUGUCCCAAUCAGAUAUACAAAGACUCGAUGAAGACCACAAUUGUUUGGAGGGGAUCGAGUAUCGGUUUUCAUGGGAAGGACAAACUGGGCUCAUCAAGAUAGUCCCAUCAUUCGAGCACGAUUCGGUCACGGAUGCGCUUACUAGGGCAGUGGAUCUUUCUCUUAUCAAAAUGGGACUUGUAUCGACGACCAACAGGAAGUGGGUGGCCACUACAACAUACAAGCCAACCGUGAACAAGGGUAAACAAGCCGACCAAGGUUUUCUUCCACCAUCUCGCCGCCCACCUAUUCCCGGAAGUUCUCCUGGUUGGCCAACUCUUGCUAUUGAGACGGGAUUAUCUGAAUCCUUAUCUCAACUUAGACAUAAUGCCCGUUGGUGGUUCUCUAACUCUUCGGGUGAGGUCCGAAUCGUCCUAGUUAUCUCUAUCUCGAAACGAAAGGAUAGAGUCUCUAUUGAAAAGUGGCAACUGGCAUCAACAAACCGCCCACGCUCCCUUACAUGCGCGCACGAAGUCGCGAUUACGGCUAAUGGCGUGACUGGUGCACCGCUCACAAUAACAUUUGUCGCACUGUAUGAUAGACCGCCGGCACACGGGGAGGGAGACAUUGUUCUUACAGCGCGGGAUUUCCUGGAUAUCACCAGUGAUUUAUUUUAA